CGGGAGCAGCAGGCGCGCGCGGAGGCGGAGGAGCGAGCCCAGGCCGCCGGGGAGGAGGCCCCGAGGCUCCGGGGGGAGCUGGCUCGGGAGCAGGCGGCGCGCGCGGGGGCCGACGAGCAGCGCCAGACCGCCGAGGAAGAGGCCGCGCGGCUGAAGGGGGAGCUCGCCGAGGAGCAGGCGGCGCGCGCGGAGGCGGGCGAGCGAGCCCAGGCCGCCGAGGAGGAGGCCGCGAGGCUGAAGGGGGAGCUCGCCGAGGAGCAGGCGGCGCGCGCGGGCGCGGGCGAGCGAGCCCAGGCCGCCGAGGAGGAGGCCCGCCCCACCCGCCUCGGGCCUGGGGCUGUGAGGUUGAAGGGGGAGCUCGCCGAGGAGCAGGCGGUGAGCGCGGGCGCGGGCGAGCGAGCCCGGGCCGCCGAGGAGGAGGCUGUGAGGCUGAAGGGCGAGCUGGCUGGGGAGCAGGCGGCCCGAGCGGAGGCCGACGAGCAAGCCCGGGCCGCCGAGGAGGAGGCCACGAGGCUGAAGGGCCGGCUGACGCAGGAAGAGGCGGCGUGUGCGGGGGCCGACGAGCAGGCCCAGGCCGCUGCGGAGGAGGCCGCGCGGCUGAAAGCGGAGCUCGCCCAGGAGCAGGGGGCACGCGCGGAGGCGGACGAGCGAGUCCAGGCCGCCGAGAAGGAGGCCCUGAGGCUGAAGGGGGAGCUGGCGCAGGAGCAGGCGGCGCGCGCGGGGUCGGACGAGGCCGCCGUGGAUGAGGCCGCGCGGCUGAAGGCGGAGCUCGCCCAGGAGCAGGGGGCACGCGCGGAGGCGGACGAGCGAGUCCAGGCCGCCGAGGAGGAGGCCCUGAGGCUGAGGGGGGAGCUGGCGCAGGAGCAGGCGGCGCGCGCGGGGUCGGACGAGGCCGCCGUAGAGGAGGCCGCGCGGCUGAAGGCGGAGCUCGCCCAGGAGCAGGGGGCACGCGCGGAGGCGGACGAGCGAGUCCAGGCCGCCGAGGAGGAGGCCCUGAGGCUGAAGGGGGAGCUGGCGCAGGAGCAGGCGGCGCGCGCGGGGUCGGACGAGGCCGCCGUGGAGGAGGCCGCGCGGCUGAAGGCGGAGCUCGCCCAGGAGCAGGGGGCACGCGCGGAGGCGGACGAGCGAGUCCGGGCCGCCGAGGAGGAGGCCCUGAGGCUGAAGGGGGAGCUGGCGCAGGAGCAGGCGGCGCGCGCGGGGUCGGACGAGGCCGCCGUGGAGGAGGCCGCGCGGCUGAAGGCGGAGCUCGCCCAGGAGCAGGGGGCACGCGCGGAGGCGGACGAGCGAGUCCAGGCCGCCGAGGAGGAGGCCCUGAGGCUGAGGGGGGAGCUGGCGCAGGAGCAGGCGGCGCGCGCGGGGUCGGACGAGGCCGCCG